AUGACGCCGGGCCCGGGGUCGCCGCCGAGCCCGCGCCGCCCGUCGCCGUGGCAACGCCACCGGAAAUCCCCGCCCUGUGCGUCGCAGGGUGUGCUGGGAAACGUAGUCCUCUGCCACGUGGCCCGCUAUUACCGCGCGGUGCACGCUGGGAAAUGUAGUCACGGGUUCAGCACCCGUUAUGGUGGCAGCGGCGCGCGGUGCACGCUGGGAAAUGUAGUCACGGGAUCAAGUACCCACUAUGGGUUCAAGCGGCGCGCGGUGCACGCCGGGAGUUGUAGUGCGUGGCUCCGCCCCCUGGGCCGCGGCGCCAUCAUGGCGGAUCCGCCUGAGGAGGCGGGGAGCGGCCCGGCCGAGCCCGGCCCGGGGGUCUCGGGGCCCCCCCGGGGGCGGCAGCGGCUCGAGGCGCUGCUCAACCGCAGCCUCCGCAUCCGCAUGUCGGACGGGCGGACCCUGGUGGGCGCGUUCCUGUGCACGGACCGCCAGAGCAACGUGAUCCUGGGCUCGGCGCAGGAGUUCCUGAAAGCUGCGGACGCGUUCCCGGGCAGCGAGCCCCGAGUGCUGGGGCUGGCCAUGGUCCCCGGGCACCACAUCGUGUCCAUCGAGGUGGAGCCCCCCUACCCCUGAGGGGCCCCGAAAACCGCGGGGGGACCCCAGAAACAACGGGGGGACCCCAAAAACCACCCUGAGGAACCCCAAAAAACACCCUGAGGAACCCC